UUUAAAGACUGAUUAAUUAGACCGGAAGUCGGGCUAUAACAGCGGCUUUUAUUUUGAAUCCUCAACCGGAUAUUGAUUUUCUCAGUGCGGCAGCGAAAAGAACAGAAGAAGAAGAAGAAGCAGCAGCAGCCGGAGAGGCAGCAGGUCAGGCAGCAAAACCCAGCAGCCUCAGCAGCCUCAUGCUUCGUCCUGGGCGCUUCUCCUCCUGUAUUGUGACAAUAUUUAUUCGAUAUUUUUAUAUUUUAUAGCCUGAGGAGGGGGGAGGAAGAAGGGGGCCCGAGUCAUGGAGCUGUACUGCCUGGAGUCGGACACAGCCGUGAAAGCCCAGCCUGACCCAAACAUCCUCUAUGAUGACAGAGUGUUGCAAAGUUUAUUAACAAUUGAGGACAGGUUUUUACCACAGUGCUCGUAUUUCCAGCGGGUCCAGAAGGAUAUUCAGCCUUAUAUGAGACGAAUGGUUGCAGGUUGGAUGCACGAGGUGUGUGAAGAGGAGAAGAGUAAUGAAGACGUCUUCCCUUUAGCCAUUAAUUAUUUGGACAGAUUCUUAGCAGUGAUGCCCACAAGAAAGAGUUAUUUGCAGCUUCUGGGAGCUGUGUGCAUGUUCCUGGCCUCCAAGUUAAAGGACAGCAGGCUACUAUCGGCAGAAAAGCUUUGCAUGUACACAGACAACUCCAUCACGCCGCGGGAACUGCUGGAAUGGGAACUGGUCGUGCUGGGGAAGUUGAAGUGGAACAUGGCCUCGGUCAUCCCCAAUGAUUUUAUAGAGCACAUCAUACGUAGGCUGCCCCUUCCCAAAGACAAGCUGGCCAUGGUCCGCAAACACACGCUGACAUUCAUCGCCCUCUGUGCCACAGAUGACCGCCUCGCAAUGAACCCUCCUUCCAUGAUUGCCACUGGCAGCAUGGGAGCUGCUGUCUGCGGCCUGCAGCUGGACCACACUGACCAGAGGCUGAGUCGAGACAACCUGACAGACCUGCUGGCCAAGAUCACCAACACAGAGGUGGAUUGUUUGAGGGCAUGCCAGGAGCAGAUAGAGCGUGUGCUGGCCGCCAGCCUGCAGCAGGGCCAACAGUACCGGCAGGAGACCGGGGUCAGAGCGGGCAACAAGGCGAGGGAGCAGCAAGACCAGUCCAGCACCCCCACAGAUGUACGCGAUGUCAACUUAUGAACUCCCGUCGCCGCCUGAUACACACCAUUCACGCCUGUCUACCAAUGAACUAACAGGAGCGAGGGGCGCGUGAGCUGCCAGUUAUCUACGUCAAAGUCGCCCCCAUGAGCGAUGGUGUGACAAUCUAUGAACUUUAGAAGUUUUUCUCGUUUUUUUUUGCCCCAUUCAUACCCAAACCUUUUUGUAUGGGCCACAUGUAAUCAAACAAGGUAUUUAAAAACGGUAAAUUCUUGAAAACUUGAUAGUGCCUUUUAGGUUUUCCAGAGUGGAAACCUGAAUAUAUUUUCAUACUUGAAAAAAAAAAUAGUAUAAUUAUAUGAAAUAUUCUUUUUGAUACAACCUAGCAAAAAUAAAUAUGAUAAAUAAUGUAUAUUUAGCUAGUAUUUAGUUAUGUUACUCUUUUAUCAUCUUUAGCAAGCAGUUAUCAAUUCAUAGUUUGAGUAUUGAGUUUUCCUCAUGUGUGAUUCAUAUUCAUUUGUGCAGGAAAGCCUGUUUAGUCGUGUUAUGAUUGACAUGCUGAUAAUACAGUACAUGGCAUUUAAACCAAGCUGAUAUCCAGCCAGAGGAGCGCUACUGUAGCUAGCCGCUCUCUCUAUCUAGCAUACUGUGCACCUGCGACUAUUUAUGCUGAAAAGUGCUGGCCGGGAGUGGGCUGGGCCUGCUCACAGAGGAGGGACGUGAAGAGGGUUUGAGGUCUGGAGCAGUGGCUACUGUCUGAAAGGUUAAUACAGAGGACAAGGUCAGUUACUGAGGUCUUGAUUUCACUGUUAAAUCAACAGGCCGGUAUGUUAACAAGACAGUAUGUGCAUGUAUUUGAAUUCAGCGGGGCUACAUUACUAUUGUUCUUUGUUCUAGCUCCUACAUGUUAGAGAGCAUUUAAGAGUGUUUAGUAGUUGCAUGAGAUUUUUUUAUUUUUAUUUUUUAGCCGCAGUCAGGUAGUACGGAUGUAAUGUUACUAGAGAAAGAUGAUUCAGCAUGUUUUGUUUUGUUUUUUUUAGAGGAAAUGGAUGUAAGUUGAAGGGUUUUUGUGAAGUUUUUUUCAAGAAAAGGAAAGCAUGUGCAAAGUGGAGGAAAAUGCUAGAAGUCUGGAUGGAUGAAUGAUAGCGAAACGGCGGGGAUGUUAAUUUUAGCUAUAUGAUGUUUCUGCAGUUGCACGUUACUUGAGCGACACAGGAGGAGGAGGAGGAGGAGGAGGAGGAGGAGUAAAGAAUCCCCGGUUUUCUCCUCUUGACUUGAGAUGAUAUCCGGGGGUUCAGUUUGGCUUUGCUGCAGUUUCUCCUGUUAUCAAUUUUUACCAUUUUUUUGACUUUUUCGGAGAGAGAGAGGGAGGAUAGGAACAAUAUUGAUGCACUUUUAAAACACACUCCUUAAAAAUGGUAAGGGGAUAGUGGUUGAGGAGAGUUCAGUGGGUUAUUAGGGUCUUUUUUUUCCGUUUUUUUUUUUUUUGUUUUGUUUCAGUUCUAGUUUUUUCUUUUAAGUUAUUUGAUGUUUUUUGGGCUGGAUUCCCAUGGGGUAACGCACAUUGUCUUGAAAGCUACGCCCCGACAGGUGCGUAGAAUAUUCCGUGUUUAUAGUAUAAUAGUAUAUAAACUAAGAAAAGCCAAGUCACAUGUAGACUUAGAAUUUUUUGAUUCAGUUUAUUUAACCUUAUUUGAAUUUUUUUGGUUCAUUCAUAGCCAAACCUUCCAAUAGUUCUGUCAAAGAGUUUUAAUAUUCUGAAUUGUGUUCAUGUUUUACUUUUUUUUUCUUCUUUUUUUUGUUGUUUUUGCUCUCUAAACUGAAGUUUUAAAACUGCCAUUUUGUGAGUUUUUUUUUUCUCCAUUAUAGACGUGGGUAGGGGUUUACAUGUUGUGAAAGUUAGACUGUAUAUAAUAAAUUUUUUUUCCCCCAUGAGCAGAAAUGCGAGAAAUCCUCAUCACAUUUUAGAACAGAAGUCGUUUCUAAAAUUGUAUCCGUGCAUGUUCUGUUGUGCAAAAGCCAAAAUGUUUGUUUUUCCAAAAAAAAAAGAAAAAAAAAAGUGCUUUAAACAGAAAAAAUGUUGACGCUUUUAAAAGAUUUGUGUAUAAAUUUAAAGAGAUAAUUCCAAAGUGAGAACAAUAGAUUAUACACAUCAUUCUCUUGCUGCUAUGAAGCUUUUCUUUUCUAGUCUUACACAAAGAUGCCUUAUUGUGAUUCACUUGUGUGCUGCUAUAUUAUGAAUUUUGUAUAUGUUCUUUGCUUUUCUUGUUAUAUGUGUACUGGAGGGAACGUAACAGUUUGGUGCGGGACUGGAAGUACUCGUGUUUGCCGAUCUUUUGAUUAGCAUGUUUUUAUUCUUGUUUCAUUUGUAUCUUUAUAUACUAUCAUAUUCUUGCUGCUUCUUUGUAAUGUUUGUGUACCUCAGGUUAAUUGGACGGAUAGAGCGAGAGCCCAUCUCGCAUUACCUCAUCACACUUCACAUCACACACGUCGUUUUUUUUCACUCUGAAUUUGUUGGACGGGUUUCACUUUUUUUUUUUCUUUCUUUUUUUUUUCCCCCCUGGAUGAGAGAGAGGACGGUGCUUCCUCUUUAAAUCCAGAAACGUUUGCCACCAGAUCCCACUGAGCUGUUUCAAGUGACCAUAAUUUAAAAUAGGUUAUUUCACUUAUCUGGUGCUAAGUCAGAAAAAAACAGCCUAUACUGUAUGUUAUACAUGUAUUUGAAAGACAAAAAACAAGUUACUUUUUCUUACUUGGAGUUUCAUUGGCAUGUUAAAAUCAGUUCAUUGGAAUAAAGUGGGUUUUUUUUUCUUUUUUUUUUUUUGAGGUACCCAUUUAGGUGAAGUGUAAACCACCAGAAUGUUUGUCAUUGUUCACGGUGUGGUUGUUAUUCCAAACCUCUCUCCCACUAUCCCCAUGUGCAACCACACAGUGUACCUCAACAAUUUCUCCUCAAUAAAUUGGCUAAAAUCA